GAUGGUCGAUCCAAAGGAGCUCCUCGCUGAGGUGAACCGCUUUCGGCGGAACCCGGCCCAGUAUGUGGAGGAAAUGCAGAGUGAGCUGCAGUUUCGACAAAACGUGGAGUCGGAGGUGCACCAACGGCAGGCCAGCUACACAACCGCCACAGACGCUAUCGUUUUCCCGUCCGGCGCCAUGGUGGAGACACAGGAGGGCAUGAGCAGCCUGGAAUCGUUGGAGGAGGACGUCAAAGCGCUCGGUAAUAAUCCACUGUUGUUCCUUAUGCUUUGCGUGGUUUCUUGGCAUGACAAGAAGAAGAAGAAGAAGGUUUCAACAUGUACUUACAACUUUGCACGACAAGCAAACACAUAUCCCCAACCUCUAUCAGGUUACGAUCCAGACGUGACGCUUUUCCCGUUCGGCCUACCCGAGUUGCAGUUUUCCUCCGAACUGUCCGAAGCGUGUCGCGACCACGUGCAAGACCUCUGCUCAAACGAUUUCUACUCGCACAUCGGCACGGACGGAACAACCCCAGAGGAGAGAAUAGUGAAGUAUGGGAGCUUCAACUACGCAAGGUACUUAUCUUACUUCACUAAAGUACUGAUAACAUGCGACUCGCAAUAAUGCGUGUACUUGUUUAAAUGCAUACGUUAAUAUGCGGGUUUGGAUUUGCGCCAUGAUUCAUCAGACCACAUAUCAAUCAGUGUACGCAUGAAAAUCUUCCAGUUGUAGUUGAUCUUGAAUUCACGUGUACAGGUUCCCGCAAUAUCACGCAGAGGUGGACAAAAUCCGGGCGAAAACCACGAAUCGCAGAAUGAACAACACGACGAACCACCGGUUCCGUGACCGUUCGCAGACAACGAACGUGGAUUCUGCUUUGCUGAACGCGGAACUCAAGAAGUUCACCGGGGAAAUCUCCCCGCCCACCAGUCCCGCCGGCGCUGGGAACAUUGACAGAAGCUCCUCCCCCGGCGGGCACGCGCACGGCGGUGAAACAGGCGCGGAGGGAGGUGCGGCGGGCGCAGGUGGGGGUUCACCCAGCGGCGGUAAGGGCGGGCAGAAGGGGAAGAAAGGCAGUGGUACCGCCGGAGACGCCCCUUCGUCAGUGAUAAAAAAGGCCAAGGAACCAAAAAACACAAACACCGUGCCCUAUCAGGUAUGGUCGAAGUGUAGAAGUCUACUCGGCGACAUUAGUUUCAUCUGAUGCAACAACAUUGGGCAAACGUAUGUUGGAUCGAUCGCCUUUUGAUGGUGCUUUUUCUUUUCCAAAACUACAAAAUCAACGAUCCACAAAACCCAAAACCCAUCUCCAGGUUGCGGAGAACAUCCACUUUGGGCUUUCCACCGCAAAAGACGUGGUUUACCAUUUCCUCCUGGACGACAAGGACCCGCACCGGGGCCACCGACAGAACCUGCUCAACCGCGACUUCCACCACUUUGGCGGCGCGUUUUCCGGGAAACACCCGUCCGCGCUGACCUGCGCGUGCGUUUUGCUGGUGGACGCGUCGUUUUUUCCCAAAAAGCCGCCACAAGUGAGGUUGGAUUUGGCGCAGGAGUACAUCGGGAAGCCGAACGUUGGGUACCAGGACGACACAUUCUACGACGUCAUUCCGCUGUUACACGAACCCCCGAAGGCGGCCCGGGGGGGCGCGAACGUGCUCAAUAGCCAUGGGGACGAGUUUCUUUUGGUAUAGUAAAAUUAAUCCAGGUGGAUGGCUUUGUUGUAGUGCGUUGCAAGAUGAAAUGAAGGAUAAGGAUUAGAAUUAGCAUCCUGUGUCAUCAGGAUGCAGAUCAUGAUGAUCUCAUGUUCAUGCUGAUCAUCAUCAUGUUCAGCAUCUUGCGUCACAAACACCAAUACAACCUCCUCAGGACGCACCACCGAGUAAAGCUGGUUUUAGUCACAUCGUAUCCGGCGCCACGAGCAGACGAGACAGCCGGCCAGAGAUUGAUGGUAUCAAGGCCUCGGACAUGCACGAUAUGGGUAUAGAGGUUUUCUGCCAAAACAUCUUCACCCGGAACUCUUUACUAGUCUCUUCGGUUUGCUAUGAAAGCAUGCGUUCGCGCUUUUUCUUUUGUAUGAGCGUAUCAAAUCUUUUGACUUUUUUUUCUUCCUCCAAGUGCGGCGCUCUACUGCAAAUGCAAAAUCUGACUGCACAGUGACGGCCCACCGGCGAGAACUGCUGAACUCGUCCCAGCAAGUGUCCAAAACGAACACCAUUACGAGCAGUAUCGUGACCAGCCACGAAGCUGGCGGCGACUACAGCAUGAAACGGAAGGUCGAGACAACCACGUGGCAGGACGUUUGUGACUUAGUGAAGCCCACCCAGUACAAACUGUCGGCGAAGCAGGAGCAGCAGAUCCCGGCGCUGAUCAAACCGUUGAAGCGGUUUUGGCGGUACAUCCCACCAAGAGAUCUCUACCCGAAGUCCUUUCUUGGCGAGGUGGAAAAGCGACACGUGGCGAAGUCCAUCGUCCGGGCGUUCUGUCACCACGUGUCCCACAAGGGGGAGCCGAGAAUACGGGAGAACGAGCUGAGCGAAACCCUAGAGCGGUUCAACGUGUACAAGCUCCGCCCGAACUACCACCCCGGGCUGGUGAAGGAGCUGUUCGACGAAAUUAUCCACCGCCGGCCGAUCGAGCUGCAGAAAUUCCGCGACAUCUCCGAUCAGGAGGUCUACGACGCGAUCUGCGACAAACGCGAGUGGGCCCCGGUGAUCAACAUCGUAUGCUUCCCGGAGAAAUCCGAUAAAAUGCAGCAGCCCUACGAGUUGAUCGGAAGGACAAGUGUGAUCGAUGAGUGGCUGCUGAAACUUUACGACGACUUCCAGUCGAUCGGCUUUUUCGGCGGCAACACCGAGGUGCCGAACAUCUUCGGACACAGUAGCACGAAGGAAAACUACAAGGUCCCGGGCUAUUACCGGGCUUUCGGCGAGGAGUUGGUGCGAUUCAUGAAACGGUCCCCGGAUUUUAGGAGCGAGGUCUUGUCGUUUCUGCAAAAACCCGGAGCAACUACUGGUGGAUCUUCUACUUCAAUUAACAAGAAUAACGAAGAUGUCGUCGAACAGAUGCACGAGAUCAAGUUCCACAACCCGCGGAAGCUGUGGGUGUUUUCCCGGCGACCAAACGCGGAUAUUUGGCUGGACAUGAUGAAGCUGCUGGAUCACAACCCGGUGAACCAGGAGGCGCACAAGCGGAACGACCACUUUUUCAACGGGCAUUUACUGGACAUCCAGGGGGAACCCGUGCCGAAGCAGAACCACGCGAAGAUGGACAACAAGGAGGUGACACGGUCAAAAGUGUUUCAGAACGAAAGGUCCGACGCGUGGAUCCAGAACAAACCGGCCAUGGGGUUGCUCGGCGGGACCUAUUUGCAGACCAUGACGGGGCAGCUGGCGACCCUACCGGGCGUCGGGUUGACCCGGGAUGUGUACCGCGAACCGAUCGACGAGAAGAUUUCCGAUUCGCUGAAAGUUGUGGUCGAACCGCAGAACAGUAUCCAGAUCAAGGAAGUGAAGAUAAAGCCCCUCGCAACCGUCCACUCCCUGCGGCCGACGGAGCAGUACCCGGGCGUCAAUGCGAUUGAGGAGGGAAGGUUAGAGACCGGACCGGAGGAGAAGCCGAAACCUUUGUCGGAACUGGAGCAAUUAAGUCACCAGAACGCAAACUACGUAAACGAGACGAUCGGAGCAUCAUCUUCCUCGUCUUCUAGUGCUGGUGGUCCGCAACAACUGCAGCAGAGCCGAUCCGCGCAGGGUGGUCUCCGCUUCACCCUUGACGGGAGCAAAAGGACCUUUCGCCGCGCGAUGGCGAAAACAGAGAGGGUCAGCUUCAACCGCAACCAGCUGCAACAGGUCUUAGUCAACACAGCCGCUAUGACGGGGCACUACGACCAGACACUGUCCACUUGGAGGAAUAGGAAAACCACGACGAGCGUCAGUCCGGAGAAGAGCAAAAGUAGCGUUGGUGCAAAUAUUAACGGCGCAACGCUCUACUACGCGGAGCCGCCUGGUGGUAGUUUUGAAGAGGAUAGCGAUGCAGCACUUAAUAUGUUGCAACAAGAACCAGCGGACCAACAUCAAAUUGAGCCAGCACUGUUAAUACAACAUCAGCCCGGUGGAACAUCCCAGAACUCGAGUCCGAGUUGGAGAAGCAAGUCUUCUGGCAUAAAAUACCCGCCAACCGUCGUUGCGGGUUCGAUAAAAGGGCCAGAUAAUGUCGAUCCGGAAGUCCGCGACCAGCUCUACGGGCCGAUUCUGAACACCAACGACUCGGUGUGCCAGCCCGAGGACAAAAUUCCGCUUACCAACACCGGGGAUAGCAUUCCCGUGAUCGGGUCCGGGGGGGUCAGACUCCUGCGGCCCGCGAAGUUCAGUCUCGCGCAAACGUUGUCCGAAGCAUACAAGGGGACGAUUCUAACCUCAAAGUCCAUAUGGGAUUCUCAAAUGUUACAUUCUCAACUGUUACAUGAUUUGCCAUGCAAAAUCACCAUGAGCCACCAGACGAUAAAGCUACCUCGCAUGACAAAUCCCCGAAGGGCUAAACAGCAUCUAAAUCUGUGCCGCAUUUGUGAUGCGAGAGAUGCAAGCUUGCCCAUUUCACGACUGUUGCGGCUCUUGCAUCACAAAUUCAUGCAACAGUUGAGAGUGUAACGUUUGAGAACUUCAUAGUCCAAGGCGAUAACGUAUGGGAAAUGCGCGAUCGAGCACCCGCCGGCCGGGAGCGGGAACUAUCAAACAAAAAAAGUUCGUCGCGAUCACUCAUGCGCAUUUUUGCAACACAAAAUUGUUUGUCAUGCGUAAAAAUGCAUCACAGCCAAACUUCAUUAGGGAUUUCCCUAGUGUUUCUGCAAUACAAGGAAAAUUUUUGACGCUAAGAAAAUUUGUAAUGCAAAACCUGCAAGUUAGUGACUGUGACAAACUUUUUUCUCUCCAUAGGAACAGCAGUAGCAGUAGUAGCUCCAUGCUGCAGCGACACGCGUACUCGACCCUGAAUCUGAACGCGGUGCAACCGACUGCGAAGCAGAUGUGCGUUCACACGUGGUACAAUAAUUUACCAUGUGCAGGGGACAGCACCGUCACGCAAAUCGGCGCGAUGCCACUACAUCUGGCGUCGGGGAUUGAUGCGAAGACGAAGGUAUUCUUGAUUGGAUUUUGUCAUGUAAGUACUAUGGGACAGCAUGUGCAUAUAGAUCAGCAUUAUAGGAGUUUGGGUUCAACAGCAGAAAUUUUUUUCGUCUCUAUUCGCUCCUGCUGUAGUGCCAUGACGAAUUUAUAUCAAAAUGCGGCCAGCAGCACACGAAACAUCAAUCUUCCAAACAUAGGUGAACGCGGUGCGGUUCAACGACAAAGAGUGCGGCAACAUCGACCACUAUGCGGCAAACAUCCCCUCGAGAAACAACUACGUGGAUACCAGCUUCUCCAGCGUAAAGCACCCGUAUAACAACCACGGGAUUUUCUACCACAACGUGAACAACAAAACCAGCAACACGAUCUCCGGCACGUAUUUGGAGCUCAACGCGCAGAGGCUGUCGAAGAAACAGACGAAGUCGACCCUUUCCCUGGAUCAGGAAGAGCUUUACCGCUACGUGGCAACGGACCAAGGUCCGGUGACGAAUGCGGUGAACCACGCAGACCUGGGUGCGCACUUGGAUCACUCGAAAUACGUGCCACGGGGGGCGGAUUACGACAAAAUUGCGCGCUUGUCGGUAUAGUUUUUAAACUUGUUUUGGUCUCAAGCUUUUUCCCACGAACGACUUGAACAGGAUCUUCAGGGUGCUUAUUUAUUAUCCCGAUGGUGAUCUUCGUCCUCUUCGCGGUGCCGGUGCAUGCUGUUCGUUUUUGUAGAAGUAGUGCUGCAUCAUGUGAUGACUGAUGAUCUUCUUCACAUCGUCAAGUACAGACUGGGAAGUAGAAGUUCUUGUCAAAUCUACCAUUAUCAGGUGGACCACCGUUUCGAUGGCCAGUUUCUCGCGCGCAACAAGGAGAUGUGUCCGACCCCGCAGGACGCCAAGAAAGCAGCUUGCCGGGGGACCAGAUCGGUUUCUGGUCCGUACAAGCCGUGGAAACCGCACGUGUUUCGCGCCGAUGAGCCGGAAAGGAAUGGACGAUUCGGGCCGAGGAAAUUCAACGCCGAAAACCUCGGCGCGAGGCCACUGGCGUUGCCGAUCUCGGGUAUCGAUACGUUACCGAAUCCCGACCGGAUUACGAACUUCCUGAACAUCGAGAAGACCGACGCGAAGGAGGCAAACACGAUCGUGACGCAGAUCAGGCCAAAUCUGCCGACAAACAGCGUGGGCAUGUAGCUGCAAGGAGGACCAGGGCCGGGUUUGAUACGUCGGAAUGAACCGAAGCAGGAGAAAAGUAGUGAACGAUUGAAAUAUUUAAAAAUUAGAACUUGAUACGUCGAAAAGAAGCACCUAUUUUGUAUUAUCAGGAAAAGUCACAAGGAGCCAAGGGUCGGCCGCUCAGAGGACCACUCUGAAUUUACGAUGAACUUCCAUUCUAGCAAAAAAAAUAUUCUACGUGUUUAACUAGGCAAGCGAAAUUGAUACUUCACUCAAGCUCAUUUUCGUUCUCUAGGUGCCAUCACAAAUGAAACGGGCUGCGAUAAUUCUGUACAAUACGCACUGGCGUUCUUGAUACGUAUCUAUCAUAGCUACCUGUUUCGUUUCCAUGUACUUUUUUCUUCCUGAAUAAAUUCGCAAAUUUUAUACGACUCAACUCACAAAACGCAAUAAAGCAAAAAAAAUCUGUUGACAAUUUACCGCGAGGAACUGAAGAUGGCAAGAAUGAACCCUGAACUAGACCUGUGGCGGUCUCUGGUUAUACGUUUUGGUUUUACAUAAACGGAAUGAACCGUGGACAAAGCGUGUACCCCGGGGGAAGCCGAGCCUAGUGCUGCCAUGCUGUAAGCAGGCGUGCAAAGGCAAGAAGGACAAGGAAUUUCGAUUGACCGACCUUUAUAUCGAAA